GGGGCCGGGUGACUGAGAACACAGACGCUCCUACCGCACUCUGCGAGGCACUUUACAUCGCACUGACAGAGUGGCGACCAUUCCCUGAAGCUCCCAUCCAGGCGAGGGCCGCUGCAGCAUCCGAGAGGGAAUACCGUUUUUCACAGCUUGACUUUAACGGUGGAAUCGGACGAACCAUGUCUUACCAAGGAAAAAAGAACAUCCCAAAGAUCACAAGCGACAGGCUUCUGGUCAAAGGAGGGAGGAUCGUGAAUGACGACCAGUCCUUCCAUGGCGAUAUCUACAUGGAGGAUGGCAUCAUUAAGCAGAUCGGCGACAACCUGAUCGUGCCCGGCGGGGUGAAGACCGUCGAGGCCAACGGGAAGAUGGUGAUCCCCGGUGGCAUCGACAUCCACACCCACUUCCAGAUGCCGUACCGUGGAACCACAACCGUGGAUGACUUCGCUCAGGGAUCAAAGGCUGCACUUGCCGGGGGCACGACCAUGAUCGUGGACCAUGUGAUCCCAGAUCCCGGCUGCAGCCUGAUGGAGGCCUAUGACCAGUGGAGGCAGUGGGCCGAUGAGAAGACCUGUUGCGACUACUCCCUCCACGUGGACAUCACCCACUGGAACGACAGCGUAAAGCAGGAGGUGGAUACCCUCAUCAAGGAGAAAGGGGUGAACUCGUUCCAGGUCUACAUGGCUUACAAGGACUAUUACCAGAUGAGCAACAGUGAGCUUUAUGAUGUUUUUACCUUCCUGGCGGAGAGGGGAGGCAUCGCUGAGGUCCACGCUGAAAAUGGCGAGAUCAUCGCUGAGGAGCAGGCCCGCAUGCUGCAGAUGGGUAUCACUGGACCGGAGGGACACGUGCUGAGCAGGCCAGAAGAGCUGGAGGCAGAGGCGGUGUUUCGUGCCAUAACCAUCGCCAGCCAAACCAACUGUCCUCUCUAUGUGACCAGAGUCAUGAGCAAGAGUGCUGCUGACAUCAUCUCACAGGCCCGGAAAAAAGGAAAUGUUGUGUUUGGGGAGCCAAUCACAGCCAGCCUGGGGACUGACGGGACGCAUUACUGGAGCAAGAAUUGGGCCAAGGCGGCUUCUUUUGUAACAUCACCUCCUCUCAGCCCUGAUCCCACCACUCCAGACUAUCUGAACACACUGCUGUCCAGUGGAGACCUGAGUGUGACUGGCAGUGCCCACUGUACCUUCAGCGUGGCCCAGAAGGCCAUUGGGAAGGAUGACUUCACUCAGAUCCCAGAAGGUCUUAACGGAGUGGAGGAGAGGAUGAGCCUCGUCUGGGAUAAAGCUGUGACUUCAGGUAAGAUGGACGAGAACAUGUUCGUGGCAGUCACCAGCACCAACGCAGCUAAGAUCCUGAACCUGUACCCUCGUAAGGGUCGGAUCGCCGUGGGCUCCGACGCUGACCUGGUCAUUUGGGACACAGACUGCAUCCGCACCAUCACUGCCAAGACACACAACUCGGCUGCUGAGUACAAUGUCUUCGAGGGCAUGGAGCUGCGUGGAGCCCCACAAGUGGUGAUAUGCCAGGGGAAGAUUGUUCUGGAAGAUGGGAACAUGCAUAUCAUCGCCGGCGUGGGUCGCUUCAUUCCCUGCUCUCCCUUCCCCGACUUUGCCUACAAGCGUAUUAAAGCAAGGAAGCAGCUGGCGGUCCUGAGGGCAGUACCCAGGGGAAUGUACGACGGCCCCGUGUCUGAGUUCUCCAUGUCCCGUGGUGGCACCCCCUCGGCCUCAGCACGUACCUCUCCCACCAAACAGCCAGUCAGAAACCUGCACCAGUCUGGAUUUAGUCUAGCAGGUAACCCUGCACUAUGCGGUCCCGCCACCCCAGAUGACAUCCCUAUCAGGCCUGCUGGCCGCCGUAUCGUAGUGCCCCCCGGUGGUCGUUCCAACAUCACAUCCCUCAGUUAAACAGCAAGAAGACGGAGGGGGGGUGGGGGGAGGAUGCGUCCAGAAAACGACAGCAACCAGAGGGCAGGAUUGAGGGAGGGAGGGAGGGAGGGGAAUGGGGAAUGGAUGGAGGAGCAGAUGCAGAGGACCAUGAUUAGUUAAAAGAGCAAAACACUGAAUCCUCAUGCCUUACCUGUCACAACGCCACCUUGCUCGGAUGAGAAAAGCAUCCCUUUUCCUGCCGAGUUCGUAUUGAAGCACAACACACCUGAUCCGUCUUUAGCUUCACUUCUCAGUAUAGAAUACAACACACUACAGUGAAAACAUGUCCUCUGUGUUACUUGUUAAUGGUAAACUACACCAGUAAAACAUAUAGAAACAAACUCUGCUCUCAAAGGAUAAUGGAUACUGCCUUUCUCAGAUUGAUGCAAUGGUUCUUUCACCCUGUUUGGCUUUCAAUGUCACCCUGUUUUCAGUAGCCUGCUUUCUCCAUAGUCAGCAACACUAGAUCCCACAUUAGCCAUGUUUUCUCAUGCAGUACCAUUGAUUAGCUCUAGAUGGCAUUGUAUAUACGGUAGAUGUAAUGUAGCUUUGUGAAUGAUGUUUGUUGCAGCCUGUUUGGGUUUACUGGACCAAGUAGAAGGUAUUUAUCACAUCUCAGAGCAGGAGUGCUGUUGGACACGGAGCUGCAUUGGCCACAAUAACAUGGGUGACUUUUGCCACCCGCUCUCCUCUGAGGUGCUUGAUGAAUACCGUCCCUAUGUUGUAUUGAUUGAAUAAUUAUUGAUGUUAAUAAAGGAAGACAGACACAUGAAUAGAAAGGGUUUGAGCAUUCUUUAUCUCCAAAAGUGUUUGUUUUUUAAUUUCCUGCACUCUAAUAUGGAUGUAUUGAACAUGAAACCGUCCUUUGCAUUUGCUUCUAGCUUAUUGGCUGCUUUUGUCAUCCCGAAAUCAUCUUAAAAAAUGAGACGGAUGGGAAAAAAAAGAUUAACAAAAAAAAAGAAACCUGUUCACAAGACGUACAAAUACAUACAACUGUCCCUUGUAGCUGAGCCGUAACUUUUAAUGAUGAGCUUUGGAAUUGAGGACAAUGAAGAAAACCAGAUGCAAUUAUAUGAAUAAGUGACAUCUGCUUUCAGAUAACAGCUCUCCACCUCCUGCUUUACCUUUUUCAUUCCUGACAAACUGGGCUCUCCAUUUAGAACAAGAGGAAGACCAUCAUUCCCUUGUCAUCCCUACAUAGCCCUCUAGUGCAAUCCUGACCAAUACUAAUUCAACACCAGCCUGAAUAUAUAACCAUGGGCCCAAGUUAGUUUACACAAAGCACUUUGGAUCUGGUUGUUUUUGAGGGGGGCUUAGAGCUUUUUAUGUCUUCUGUUUACUGGCAAGGCAGAGGAUCGCGGUGCAGUAAGGGAAGCUUUUAUUUUGUUGCUGUCCCACUGCGGGGGGAAGGAGGGGAGGCGAUGUUGUUUUUAUUUGGCAGCGGUGGGGCCGAGUCUGAGGCUGGCACGAGCGGUGGUUUGUUGUAUUUAUGUUAGUUUGACGACCUUUGUUAUUGUUUUUAUGUUGUCUCUUUUUUUUUUAAAACUGUUUUAUCAAAACCCUGAGAUGGCAGGUACAAAAAUAAGGUGUAUUGUGGAGGUAUGAUUUGUUUCCUGAAUAAACAUGAGUUGCAACUG